AUGGCGGCGUAUAUCGCCGAACAUGCCGCGGCCGAACUGCUGCGCGAAAACGAACGGCUCAAGCUCCAAGUCCUUACGUUGCAGAGCAAGAUGGUGCGGGCACAGCAAGUGUCGUUGGUGUCGGCCAAGGUUGUCGACAGUCGGUUGAAAUUCCGCGAAGGCCGGCAGUUUGUUGAGUACAAGCUCCAGAUCGAAACCAACAACCGCGGUACGCUGUUCGUGUGGCAUCGAUACAGCACGUUCCGAAACUUGGCGACGACGCUCCAGACCAAGAACGGAUACCGCCGCAAGGACAUCCCGGACUUACCCAACAAGCAACUGUUUGGGUCGUUGCUGUCGGACAGAUCGAUCCAAGAACGUAUCGGUAAGCUGAACCAGUUCCUUGAAGUGGCGACAAACACGAACUUCUUGCAGUGGGGCCUCCGCGUCGCCCAGGACAAGUGUGUGUACAAGGGCCGCACGCUCGUCGAAAAAAGCCGACAACCUCAGUAA